GAAGUCAUUCAGAAAGAAGGAUUAAAAGAAACAAGAAAUGGAACUUCUCCAUUAGCCUGUCUCAAUGCAAUGCUUCACACGAACACUCGGAUAGGGGAUGGAACGUUCUUCAAAAUCCCUGGAAAGUCAGGCCUCUAUGCUCUCAAAAAAGAGGAGUCAUCAUGCCCAGUGGACGGAGCCUUGGAUCUAGUCUGUGACACAGACCUGGAUGGCACUGAGAUGGCGGAGGCCAGUGCCAAUGGAGAGGAGAAUGGGGUUUGUAGGAAGCAGGUAACGGAUGAAGCAUCUUCCACUCGGGAUUCAAGCCUCACGAACACAGCCGUGCAAAGCAAGCUGUCUUCCUUUCAGCAGCACACGAAAAAGGCCCUGAAGCAGGCUUUGAGGCAGCAGCAGAAAAGAAGAAAUGGAGUCUCAAUGAUGGUAAACAAGACUGUUCCUCGUGUUGUUUUGACACCAUUAAAGGUGUCUGAUGAGCAGUCGGAUUCGCCUUCAGGAUCCGAGUCUAAAAAUGGUGAGGCAGACAGUUCAGAUAAAGAGAUGAAGCAUGGGCAGAAAUCUCCCACUGGAAAACAAACAAGUCAGCACUUAAAACGGUUGAAAAAGUCUGGUUUAGGACACUUGAAAUGGACCAAAGCUGAGGACAUUGACAUAGAAACCCCAGGAUCUAUUCUUGUCAACACUAACUUGAGGGCAUUAAUAAAUAAACAUACGUUUGCUUCCUUACCCCAGCCUUUUCAGCAAUAUCUCCUGCUUUUGCUCCCGGAAGUGGAUAGGCAGAUGGGAAGUGAUGGAAUUUUACGUCUCAGUACUUCAGCUCUGAACAAUGAAUUCUUUGCAUACGCAGCGCAAGGGUGGAAACAGCGACUGGCAGAAGGAGAGUUUACCCCAGAAAUGCAAUUACGAAUAAGGCAAGAAAUUGAGAAGGAAAAGAAGACAGAACCUUGGAAAGAAAAAUUCUUUGAGAGAUUUUAUGGAGAAAAAUUGGGCAUGUCCAGAGAGGAAUCUGUGAAGCUAACUUCUGGACCAAACCACGGUGGAGCUGAAGGAAGUUCUUCACAUGGGGCCACUGGCCCUCCAGCUUCUUCUGUGCAGACUCAUGGAGAAGAACAACCCCAAAACAUGAAGAGUUCAGCUUCUUUGGAGCCUGAUUUCUGUGCCACCAUUUGUCCUAUGUUAGAGGUUCCAUCAAAGGAUGUGAUGACAGAAUCAGAAACAGAGGACAUCUUGAUCCCUGAGGAGUCUGUGAUUCAGGAGGAAGUUGCAGAAGAGGUAGAGACCAGUAUCUAUGAAUGCCAAGAUGAAAAUCACAAGUCUGUUUCUGAAUUUUCCAAGGAGUCUGAAAGUCCAGCCACUUCUCGUGAAGAGCCCCAAAUCGUGGCUCCUGAAGAUAACUUGGAAUCCUGUGUUAUGAUGAAUGAUGUUUUAGAAACUUUACCUCAUAUUGAUGUUAAGAUAGAUGAGAAAUUGGAAUGUCCCCAGGAAGAAAUGUCAGUUGUUAUUGAUCAACUAGAAGUGUGUGAUGCUCUUUGUCCUUCCGCUUCAUCUGUGACUCAUGUCCUUGAUGGAGAACAUCAGGAACAAGGAACUGCAAUAGAGACCAGUACUCUCAACAUCAAAACAGGGUCGUCUUCUCUAGAAGGCCAAUUUUCAAAUGAAGGACUAGCUGUGGAUAUGGAGCUCCAGAGUGACCCCGAGGAACAGCUCUCAGAAAAUGCUUGUGUCUCUGAAACUUCCUUCUCUUCUGAGAGCCCAGAGGGAGGCUGUGCCAGCCUUCCAUCCCCGGGUGGGGAAACACAGUCUACAUCUGAAGAGUCAUGUACUCCUGCUUCCCUGGAAACAACGUUCUGUUCUGAGGUGUCCAGCAUCGACAAUACGGACAAAUAUAACCAGAGGAAUCCCACUGAUGAAAGCCUUCAUGCGUCUUUGAUGUCAGAAGACGUAUCUCCACUGGCCCCCUCCCCUGAGACAUCAGACGCAUCUCUUAUGUCCAACUUGCCAUUGACAUCUGAGGCAUCACCAGUAUCCAACUUACCUCUGACAUCAGAGGCAUCCCCAAUGUCUGAUUUACCAUUGACAUCAGAGACUUGUUCAGCGUCUUCCAUGCUUCUUACCUCUGAGACACCUUUUAUAUCUAGUUUGCCAAUUCCCGUGGAGACAUCUCCGAUUUCUAAUUCUUCCAUGAAUGAAAGAACAGUUCAUCAACAGAGAAAGUCACCUUCAAUAUCCGAAGCACUCUCUCCACAGAAAGAUGAACCUUGUGCCCCUACCAAGCCCCUGGGAGAGAACCUUACCUGCCAGCCAAAGCCUCUGUCCACUAUUCCUGAACCCAUCAACAUGAGUUCUUCUACCGUGCCUGAAGCUUGUCCACCUGAAGAACUACACAGUCGAACUCUGGGUCAGCAGCCUUGUAAGUCUAAUGUUGAAAUCGUGAAGCUGUAUCCUCCCUUGGUCCCAGAAUUCCCUGCUACUGAAAUAAUGAAAGUUAAAAACCAUAGUGUCCUGCAAAGAACUGAAAAGAAAGGGGUGUCCUCGCCGCUGGAGGCGUCUGUCUUUUCCGAAGAGACAGAGACUGGGGGAAAUGAGGUUCCAUCAGCUAAAUUACAGGAUAAGCAGUCUGUCCCUUCAGCAGAGAAGGCUCCAUUUUUAGAAGGCUCAAGAAAUAAAACACAUAAGCAAGUGGCCACACUGAAUCGACUGGAGACCUCACAUACCUCCAAAACUCUGGAGCCCUCCAAGUCACCUGAUGGGAUAAGGAAUGAAAGUAGAGAGCCAGAGAUAUCCAAGAGGAAAACUGCAGAGCACAGCUUUGGAAUCUGUAAGGAGAAAAGAGCUAGGAUAGAAGACGAUCAGUUAACCCGGGGCCAAGCAUCCAGCAGUCCACCGGAGAAAGAGCAGCCUCCGAGAGAAGAGCCCAGGGUUCCCCCUCUCAAGAUACAACUUUCCAAAAUUGGACCCCCAUUUAUCAUCAAGAGCCAGCCCGUCUCCAAGCCGGAGUCCCGAGCGUCCAGCAGCACUUCUGUCAGUGGUGGAAGGAACACAGGGGCCAGGACCCUCGCAGAUAUCAAGGCCCGUGCCCAACAAGCCCGAGCCCAGCGUGAGGCUGCUGCAGCUGCUGCCGUUGCAGCCGCAGCAAGCAUCGUCUCAGGGGCCAUGGGAAGCCCAGGAGAGGGCGGGAAGGCUAGAACCCUGGCCCACAUCAAAGAGCAGACCAAAGCUAAGCUCUUUGCAAAGCACCAGGCCCGAGCCCACCUCUUCCAGACCUCUAAAGAAUCCCGGAUGCCUAUUCUUAGCUCCAAGGAAGAUGCUCCAAACUCGGAGGUCUCUUCUACCCCUGAAACAAAGAUAGAAGGUUCCACUGGUGUCAUUAUCGUCAAUCCAAACUGCAGAUCUCCUAGCAGCAAGCCGGCACUCCGGGAGACAACCACUGUAUCACAGCAGCCUCUGAACCCACCUCAACUUCCAGAAACCGCCACUGACUUAUCUGUGCAUAGUUCUGAUGAAAACAUACCUGUGUCGCAUUUAACUGAGAAAAUUGUUUCAUCUACCUCUUCUGAAAAUAGCAGUGUGCCCAUGCUUUUUAAUAAAAAUCCCACCCCUAUGUCUGUUUGCAGCACUGCCGCGUCGGGAGCAGUUAAAGAACAUCCCUUUGUGAAUUCUGUUGACAAACCUUCUGUCCUCAUGUCUGUUGACAGUGCAAACAGUACGAUUUCUGCUUGUAAUAUAAGCAUGUUGAAAACUAUCCAGGGAUCUGACACGCCAUGCAUAGCCAUUGUACCAAAAUGUCUCGACAGCACUUCUAUUCCAGCCGUUCCAGAGGGCGCCAACCGAUCUAGUUCCACAGAGGGUAAGGCCCUGUUUAUGCCCAGCAGCAAGGCUGCUGACUUAGUGUCCGGUCAGUAUGCGUCCGUGCCAGCCCCCACCAUUGGAAAUAGCUUGCCAAACCAUCUCUGCUCUAGCUCUGUCUUGAUUCCCCCCACGGGAAUUGCUAACAGAUUUGCUUCAGAGAAGAUAGCCAUUCCUGGGAGUGAAGAACAGGCCACCGUGUCCAUGGGUACCACUGUGAGAGCUCCCCUCAGCUGCAGCGAUGUGGUGGCCGUCACAGACGCGCUGGUUGCACGCACGCCCGUCGCAAUGUUUACUGGAAACACGCUCACUAUAAACUCGUAUGACAGUCCUCCCAAAUUAAGUAUGGAAAGCUUGGACAAAAACCCAGGGCCUCGGAACAGGGUGGACAGUUCUGGGAAACCUCAGCAGCCACCAGGGGGCUUUGCCCCAGCGUCCAUCAACAGAUCCAUCCCCUGCAAAGUCAUUGUUGACCACACUACCACACUGACCUCCGGUUUGUCUCUGACUGUGUCCAUUGAAAGUGCAGAAGCAAGCACGGAUCCGCAGAACAGGUCAGUGAGGACAGAGGUACCCAUACAGUCGGUGGCCUGUCCCCAGGUAUCUGUCAUCAGCAGGCCUGAGCAGGUAGCAAGCGACGGUGUUGAUAAUGGCUCUGUUUUUAUCACUGCUUCUACAGCCAAACAGGACUGUAAGCCACUGCAGGCCCCCUGCACCAGUCUCCGAGAAUUGCCUCUUGUUGCAGAUAAACCAAACGAGGCUGCUGCGUCUACUCAGAGCUUCGCUGAGCGGGCACGGAGCUCAAGCGCUUUCAAAAGUGAGGCGGACACAGCUUGCAGUAAUCCCUAUAACCCAGGAAGCCGGAUUUUCUGGAGCGAAGAUGGGAUGAGGCGCACGGGACAGCCUGUGGUUAGUCACUCGGGUUCAGGUAAACAGAAAGAAUACCAAGAACAGAGUGGCCUGAAGGCCAUCAAACCGGAGCAUGCCAGCUACACACACAUGCCUGAAAUGCACCCUAGAAAUCUCAUCACGAAUGCCAGUCUUCCUGUGAAAGCUGAACCUCAUGAAGUAGACAAGGGCUUUACUAUGGACACUGAGGACUUCCCCAGCCCUGAACGGCCCCCUCCAGCGACAGAGCUGACAAACAGCACUAGUGGGCCACAGACCCAGGCCAUGAAGCCUGCCAUCUCAAGUCCUAUAGAAGAAGCUGUUUCCUUAGCUACAGACACCCUGAAGAGAGUUCCCAGUGGGGGGAGUUCGAGCUGUCGCCUGUCCUCUGUGGAAGCCAACAACCCCCUGGUGACACAGUUACUGCAGGGCAACCUACCUCUGGAAAAGGUGUUGCCACAACCCAGAUUGGGAGCCAAGCUUGAAAUCAACAGGCUCCCUCUGCCCCUUCCAGCUACCUCAGUGGGUAAAAUAGGGCCAGAGAGGAGCGUGGUAGAAAUGCCAUCCAGCUCUCCAAAUCCAGACGGUAAGGGCCACCCGGCAGGUACACCGGCACCACUCCAAAUGAGGAAGCGAGAAAGCCACCCCAAAAAGAGACCAGCCAGGACUGUGGGGGAGCACACCCAAGUCAAGUGUGAGCCGGGGAAGAUGUUGAUGGAGCCCGACGUGAAAUCGGUGCCCUGCGUCCUCAACCCGGGCGUGAGUCAGCUGGGACACGGCCAGCCGUUUAAACAAGAGCAGCACAACAAACACUCGGUGCAGAACAGGAUGGUGCCCAGCUCCGAGGUCAAACAGCCGAAGCGGCUGCUGCCGGCUUGCAGCUUCCAGCAGAAUGUGUUCCACGUGGACAAAAAUGGCAGUUUCCAUCCUGACGGGGGUGUCGCACACAGACAGCAGUUCUACCAAAUGCCCAUGGCUGCCAGGGGCCCCCUUCCCACCGCUGCUCUCUUACAGGUCUCUACCAAGACCCCAGUGGGCUGUAAUGCCUUUGCCUUCAAUAGGCAUCUUGAACAAAAGGCACUGGGAGAUGUUAGUCUUCCCCCAGCCCCUCACCAGCUAAGGCUAGCCAGCAUGUUAUCCCCCAACAUGCCCAUAAAGGAAGGAGAGGACGGGGGAGGCACUGCAAUGGGCAGCAAAGCACUAGUCCAUCCUCCACUGCCGCCGCCGCCACCCCCUCCCCAAAAAGCCUUGCCCCCACCUCCCCCUCCACCACCUCCACUACCUCCACCUCUCCCCACCAGUGCAGAAGUCCCAUCAGAGCAAAAGCAACCGCCGGUUACCAUGGAAACCACUAAGCGACUCGGUUGGCCCCAGUCCACGGGCAUAUGUAGCAAUAUCAAAUCGGAGCCCCUUUCUUUUGAGGAAGGCUUAAGCAGCAGCUGUGAACUGGGCAUGAAACAAGUUUCCUAUGACCAAAAUGAGAUGAAAGAACAGUUAAAGGCAUUUGCUUUAAAAAAUGCAGAUUUCUCUUCCUAUUUGCUUUCUGAGCCCCAGAAGACAUUCACCCAAUUAGCUGCUCAGAAAAUCCAGGUGCCGCAGCAACAGCAGCUCUGCGGAAACUACCCAACCAUACACUUUGGGAGCACCAGCUUCAAAAGGGCAGCAGUGUCUGCCAUUGAGAAGUCCAUUGGGAUUUUGGGCAGUGGGUCCAGCCCCGCCUCCACGGGCCUGGCAGGUCAGAGCGCUCAGAUGCCGGUUCAGAACUUUGCGGACAGCAGCAACGCCGACGAAUUAGAGCUGAAAUGCUCCUGCCGGCUGAAAGCCAUGAUUGUGUGCAAGGGCUGUGGGGCCUUCUGCCACGACGACUGCAUAGGUCCUUCCAAACUCUGUGUGGCUUGCCUGGUUGUCCGAUAA